GUCUAUUAAUUCAGAUUUCUGCAUGAAAACACAGACUUUAACUAAACUGAUGUUUUGUUUUAGACAUUAUUAUAUUCAACAGUUUAUAGUAACCGCUGAAUAAUUAACCGAGAUUAAGCUAAUUUGCUUUCGUACACAUUUAGAUGCAUUGAGUACUUUUACAUUAAAUACUUUUGGGUACAUUUAGGAGAUUAUACUUUUAUUUACAUAACAGGUGUGUGGCGUAGUGGGCUAGUGCGUUGGUAUUCGGAUCUCGGGGUCACAGGUUCAAACCCCACUGCAGUCAGCAUGUCGUCGUGUCCCUGAGACAUGUCAUGUAAUAACAAGCAGCCAGGACUUUUGCUGGUUGUCCAGGUUGGAUCAUGAUGCCAGGCCAUCGAUCCGGACGAGCUGCGAGGAAGAGGAGGAAGAAGCAAGAGAGCAUCACCCAGUCAGUCUCUCUGAGCCACCAGCAGCAGUACGUGAGGCUGAAGACGUUUCUCCACCAGAGAGGAUUCACAUCAGCGCUGCUGCAGCCGGCUCGCUUCACCGACACAGGCAGAGGACUUCAAGCUCUCAAGACCAUCAAGUCUGGAGAGCUGAUCAUCUCUCUGCCGGAGUCGUGUCUCCUCACAACUUCAACUGUUCUGAACAGCUACCUGGGUCCCUAUAUAAAGAGCUGGAGGCCUCGUAUCUCCCCUCUUCUGGCGCUCUGUGUGUUCCUGGUGUGUGAGCGGCACCGAGGCGAGGCGUCUGAUUGGUUCCCCUACAUCGACGUGCUGCCUAAAACCUACACAUGUCCCGCCUACUUCAGCGAUGAUGUCAUGGCCGUUCUGCCAACCAGCGUGCAGAGAAAAGCUCUGGAUCAGAGGGAGGAGGUGAGAGGAAUCCACUCCUCUCACCUGAGCCUGUUCAGAUCCUUGCAGCCAAUCCUGAGUCAGCCUGUGGAGGAGGUGCUGACAUAUGAAGCAUUAAGGUGGGCGUGGUGCAGUGUGAACACCCGCUCCGUCUUCAUGUCCCACCCGUUCAGCGACUUCCUGUUCGGACAGGAUGUUUACGCUUUAGCUCCGUUUCUGGACCUGCUCAACCACCGUCCUGACGUGCAGGUAAAAGCCAGUUUCAAUGAGGUGUCGCGGUGUUAUGAAAUCAGGAGUGUUUCGGGGACGCUUCGGUACGAACAGGCCUUCAUAAACUACGACUCCCAUGAUUCUCAGCGGCUGAUGAUGGAGUACGGCUUCGUGGCUUCCUGUAACCCCAACAGCGUGGUGUACGUGGAUACAGAUCUCCUCUGUGAUGUUUUAAAAGCUGACAGGGGUUUGGAUCAGAAGAUGAAGUUUCUCAGAGAAAAUAAUUUCAUUAAUAACCUCACAGUGUCCAGUGAGGGGCCGAGCUGGAGGCUGCUGACGGCUCUCAGACUGAUGGCUCUGCCUCAAACUCUGUAUCCCCAGUGGAAGGCGGUGUUGCUCGGUCAGCGGGUGUGUGAGGAGAGAGAGGAGAGGAGCGUCAGGACCGUGAAGACUCUCUGUGAGAGGAUACUGCAGGACACACACACCGCUCUGGAGAAGAUCUCCCUCCUGCAGUGUGUGUGUCCGUCUCUCACGGAGCAGCUUCAUGUGGUCGAGGCUCUGCGACAGGAGGAGAGGUGCAUCCUGGGAAAUUGUCUUAAGGCAAUGGAAUGCUCAGCGGAACAACAAACACCAGACGAACUGUUGUCACGGCAACCAGAUGAUGCUGAUGACAACGAAGACGCUGUGAGCUGAUUGGUGCUUAUUUCUGCCAGUCACUACUAGAAGCAAUGUGAUUGGCUGAAGUGGAGAUGCUGUUUUAUUUCAGUAGUUUGUGCUGUUCACCACAAUCUACUGAGUUAGAGAACAGCCAAAGACUAUGGCCCUUUCUCAUUUCAUCAAAUCCCCCUCCUCGACUCCUCGGUCCUCCGGUAGUGACCCGGAAAUGAAUUUUAGCGCGCCAUGUUGAAGGACAUCUAAUUUCUCUAAAUGCACAUCGAGGAUUGAGCGUCGAGGAGGCUCUCUGGAGGAGCUAUA